AUGAAUUAUUAUAAAAAAAAUAUAGCUGUAAAAAAUGAUGAACAUAUAUCUCUACCUCGAAUUUAUAAUUACAGAUCAUUAAGUUUAAAUAAAGAGAUUACAAGCUCUUCUGAAGUUAACAAUAAAAGGUACUUUUCUUUCAUUAAUUCAAAUCAAAUAUCAUCAGAUAGAUAUUAAUAGAAACCUUAACAUAUGAGAAAUAUACAAAGAAAAAACUAGAUGUUAAAAAUACAAUUAAAAAGGGUAUCUAAAUUAUAUAAAGUAGGUUUCACCACCUCGUUUGUAGUAUGAAACUUUAGAAGAGAUAUAUUUUAUUAGAUACAAAAAAAUAACAUGA